AUGAACUUUCUCAAAUCUGCCGUGGCCUCGGCCAUAGCACAAGGCCCUCCCUUUCCAUACAACUUUGGUGACAAGGUUGAUAUCGAUGAGUCCAUCUGGACCCUGUAUAAUGGUACCAAGAGGGAAGAUGGUUCAAACUGCAGCAUCUUUUCCUUCGAUAUCACCUCCAACCGAUCCCAACUCCCCCUGGCCAAGAAUGCCCUAAAGAAGCUCCGAACACUACGGCACCCAGGCGUGAUCAAACUUCUAGAUGCGGUCGAGACGGAGACGUAUAUCUACAUUGCGACUGAACGAGUAGUACCCCUACGAUGGCACGUUCGAAGAAAGAGUCUCAGCCCUGAGACGAUAAAAUGGGGCUUGCAUAGCGUUGCGCGCACUAUAAAAUUCAUCAACGAAGACGCUUCCUCGAUCCACGGCAGCAUCAAGGUUGGAUCGAUAUAUACUUCAGAGAGUGGCGAGUGGAAGCUUGGUGGCUUUGAUGUUCUCAGCAGCCUCAAGGACGAUGAAUCAAUAAUUUAUGCAAGAGGUCCCCGGAUAGGUACCCGUGUACUCAAGCUAACAUAUACACAGACAUACGGUAGCUUGGUCCCUGAUGCGGGUCGAUACUCUCCUCCAGAGUUGGCACGAGGCGGAUGGGAUGUUAUCAAGAAGAACCCACAUACAGCAGUAGACGCAUUUAAUCUUGGAACGUUGAUCUUUGAAGUCUUUAACGGCGAUUAUAACGGAGCUGAUCAGGCUGGCCAAACGAAGAGCAUUCCCCCUUCAAUGCAGUCUAGUUAUAAACGUCUGUGUAACGCCAACCCAAAGGCUCGAAUUAGUGUGGGUGCUUUCCUUGACCAAGGCAACCGAAAUGCUUCUUUCUUCGACAGUUCUCUCAUCAAACUGACCGAGGGUAUCGAUAACCUGGACAUCAAGACGCCAGAUGAACGAGAAGAGUUCCUUAGUGGACUGGAUGAACUGAGCGAUGACUUCCCAGAAGAGUUCUUCAAGCUAAAGGUUAUGCCAGAGCUGAUGAAGUCCGCUGAGUUCGGUGGUGGUGGCCCUAGGGCUGUAUCUGUAGUUCUCAAAAUCGCAUCUAAACUUCCCAAAGACGACUUUGAUUCAAAGAUUACACCCUUCAUCAUUCGCCUGUUUGGAAAUCCCGACCGAGCUAUUCGAGUGUGCUUAUUGGAUAGCCUUCCUUUGAUGAUUGAUCAGCUAUCACAGAAGAUUGUCAACGACAAGAUCUUUCCACAAUUGAUCACUGGCUUCACUGACGUGACACCCGUCGUACGAGAACAAACAUUAAAGUCUGUUUUGGUCAUCAUCACUAAGCUCUCGGACCGCACAAUCAAUGGUGACCUCCUCAAGCAACUUGCAAGAACCGCAAAUGAUGAACAACCGGGCAUUCGAACAAAUACAACUAUCUGCUUGGGAAAGAUUGCAAAGCACUUGGGUACUUCGUCCCGCUCAAAGGUUCUUAUUGCCGCCUUCACUAGGUCACUCAGAGAUCCAUUUGUUCAUGCCCGAAAUGCUUCCCUAAUGGCCUUGGGUGCCACUGCGGAGUACUUUACAGAUGAGGAUAGCGCAUGCAGGAUCCUGCCCGUUAUCUCUCCUGUCCUGAUUGAUAAGGAGAAGAUUGUCCGCGACUCUGCUACUCGUACUAUGGAUAUAUAUCUCCAAAAGAUCAAGAAGGCAGCUUCUGCCAUGCCUGAAAGCGUUUUGCCUCCUCCUCAAACGAAUGAUGGCUCAGCUCCACGGAUGAGCACUCCACAGCCUAACGAAAACACCCCAGGUGGCUGGGCAGGCUGGGCAAUCUCUUCCUUCACAAACAAAAUCUCUGCGGCUGCAGGCGAAAUUAAUGCGGAGUCAGACUCCCGUGCUGCUUCACCUGGGCCCGCGCCCUCACCUAACUCCGAGCCAAAGAAGCCGGCAACGAGUACCGCCUCGUCACUUCACCGCCAAGCAGUCAAAUCUCCCCCAGCAACACUCUCGCGAAACUCUUCACAUACUGCAAGUGUAGUAGCUGACUCAUUCUUACCCGCCGAUGAUGGUGAGGAUGCUGGAGACUCAUGGGGAGAUAUGAACGAUGAUUUCGACAGUUUCGACUCUCCCGGACAAUCCUCAAAACAGCCUGCGACAACAACAGCAUCUGCUGCCACUUUUGAUGAUGAUGGCGAGCCUGACUUUGCUGGAUGGUUAGCUGCUCAGUCACAGAAAAAGCCCACCAAGGCCUUGCCGAAGGGUUUAUCGAAAUCAAGUGCAGCUAAGAAGCCUGCGGCCAAACCGGCUGCGAAACCAAUUGCUGCGAAAAAGAUUGAUAUGAAGCCGAAGGAGACAGAUGACGAUGAUGGUUGGGGCGAUGGCUGGUAA